CCCACAGAGGGAGAGUGGUGACGUGAAGCGUGGCUGCAGUAGCCACUCUCUCGUGGAGUGGGAUCCGGCACAUGAGAAAAGUUGGGGAGAAAGUUUUGAAGCGAAGAUAUUUUUUUUUUACCAACAAACAAACAAAAAAACUAAAAAGAGUAACCAUAAUCUUUUGACAAGGAAAUACAAGUGAUUAUAUCUGCAGAGAAUUGUGGUAUCAAGGAAAAGCUUUUUUUUUUUUUUUUUCUAUAACUCAAUAGUCAAUCGAAAUAUAAAAAGCAGACAUUAUUCCGGCUCAUCGUGCGCCCCUCUUAACAUCAAUGUUUCCGCAACGCGUCUCCGUUUCCGCGCUGCAUCUGCCGGAGAAGAGGAGCCCGCGUCCGAGGAUACAAUGAGGCAGUGUGUCCUUGUCCCGAGACAAUGCCGCUAUAAGAUGCACCGAGGAGGAAACGGAAACAGCCUAACUCAAAGCUUGGUGAAAAACACAACAUGCAGGGGGGCACUGGCACAAGAUUUUAUAAACAUCCUCGUGCCGUGCGCGUAAAAUCCUAUAAACACUGAAUGAUGGCAAAAUCUACGAAGCUCUUUCCACUACACUUCAUGUCUGAUGUGGUCCCCUCUUGAGAUAAAGAAGCUAUGACCAACGGAAAGACUAGACUGUAGACAUCCAGUUACAAAGCCAGGACUCAAGAAUGAAGACCAAGUAUGCUGUCGUCUUCAUCUGCAUUGUGGCCCUGGUCAUCAUCGAAAAGGAGAGCAACAUCAUCUCAAUGGUCUCCGACAAGCUGAUCCAAAGGCAGACUCCUCUGCAGACUCCAUACACGCCGCUGGAUUACAGCAACACAACACAAAAGGGAUCCUUGACGGUGCUCAAAAUGCUGCUCUCUAACCUCUCUGGCACCAAAGGGAAUCUCUCUGAGGAGCAGGAAGGGGGAGAGCUGGAGGACGUAGGCUCUUACAGCUACAGUGGCGGGCGUAAGCACAUACUGCUCAUGGCCACCACACGGACGGGCUCCUCUUUCGUGGGGGAAUUUUUCAACCAGCAUAGGGAGAACAUGUUCUAUCUGUUUGAGCCGUUGUGGCACGUCGAGCGCAUGCUGACUACGGCCACCGAGGCAAACAACGGGACGGCCUUGGCAGGGAUCUACCGGGACGUGCUCCAAGCACUCUUCCUGUGUGAUUUCUCCCCUCUUGAGAAGUACAUUACUCCUCCACCUCAGGACCACGUCACCCCAGCACUAUUCCGCAGAGAGUCCAGUCUGUCGCUCUGUGAAGAACAUGUCUGCUCUCCUGUCAACAAAGACGUUGUUGAGAGGUAUCACUGUAAGACUCGCCGCUGCGGGCCCCUGAACUUGACCCUUGCAUCUGAAUCCUGCCUUUCCAAACAGCACCAUGCUGUUAAGACCGUCCGCGUGCGUCAGCUGGAGACGUUGCAGCCUCUGGUGGAGGACCCCCGCUUGGAUGUCAGAGUCAUCCAGCUGGUUCGAGAUCCCCGAGCCAUCUUAGCAUCCCGCAUGGUGGCUUUCUCCUCAAAAUAUCAGACGUGGAAGGCCUGGGCGCAGGACGGCCAGGUGCCUGAAGAUGACGAGGAGGUGAAGAGGCUCAAAGGAAACUGUGAUCACAUCAGGAUGUCGGCCGAGGUGGGACUGAGCCAACCUCGCUGGCUGAGGAGCCGCUACAUGUUAGUGCGCUAUGAGGAUAUUGCUCGCUACCCCAUGCAGAAGGCAGAGGAGAUGUACAGGUUCACAGGAAUACCGUUUAGCUCCCAAGCGAGGGAGUGGAUUCUGAGGAACACCCAGACCACACAGGAAGCCAGCGGCAUUUACUCCACCCAGAAGAACUCAUCGGAGCAGGCUGAGAAAUGGAGAUUCAGUAUUCCCUUUACACUGGCUCAAGUAGUGCAGAGAGUGUGUGGACCCACCAUGAAGCUGUUCGGGUACAGAUUUGUCGAAAAUGAAAAGACACUCAUCAACAAGUCCAUCAGUUUGCUUGAGGAUAAAUUAUUUAAUUGAUUAAGCCUUCAACAUUUUGCUGUAUAAAACGCUCCCUCACUGUGUCAGGAGAAGCCAUUAUUGCACAGACCAAAACCAGUGCACAUCACUGCCAUAAAAUGCACAGAAUGUUUUACUGGUAACAGGAACAUUGGGGCCAUACAGUAAUAUUUAUACCCACCAACGGUGUGCCUCAUUGUAACAAUGACGAGCUGCUGGACAAAGACAAGUAUUUAUUACCUACUGUUUUCACAGGACAACCUAGUGCUUAACGGGAUAAUUUGGUUUCUUUGGAGGUAUUAAAAAUCACUGUCUGUCCCAGUAGACGGUGUUUUGAGUUUGGAGAAGCAGACAUGAGUGCUGGCACAGAAGCCAAGCAAUGAACUGACGCGGAAGGGUUCAACGGCAAAGCGUAUCAAUCAGUCACAGUUUAAAUGAAACCUAUAUUUAGAUUACAUUAUUUACCUUGCCAUUAAACAGCCUUUCCAACAAGAUAUGAAACUGUUACAUCAGUCUUUAAAGCCACCAGACUCCGUUGGUAAAAACAUUAAUUUUUAACACAGAGAACACAGGUGUUUCAGGGCUACUGCUGCUUCAGUUAGAUUACAUUGGUGUGUGUGAGCAUGUUUGGUUUCUAAUUAUUGUAUGAAAACAGCAAUGCCAUACAACACUUGAUGACUAUAUUUUAAGUAAUUGAGUUUGAUGACUUUGCAGAGAUUGAUAUUCUUUAGUUCCUUAUCGGACAAGACUGUCAGAUGGCAAGGUACAAGUAUACAUACACUUAAACUGAAUUAUUUAUAUUGGGCCUUGUAGCUUUUGCUGCUGACCAAGUAACACACUGAUUUAGAAUAAGCACUUCACACUCUGCUUCAGAGAAACCAAACCAUCCCUUUGUGCUAUCCUGUAUAUUUCACUUAAAAUGACAUGAGCAUAGAUAUUGAGCCUGACCCUAAACGAUUAUCAUGUAGGAUUAUGUUAGUACAUCGUGUUUGGAUUAUCAGGGAUAAAGUACAGUGAAAAUGAUGUUUGUUGCGUCUGUAUGCGGUUUUUAAAAGAAAGGAUAUUUCUGUUCAUAAGAUUUCAGACACAGGGCUCAGUAAAUUACAGUUUAACCCGUAUUUUGAUAGAUCUGCACUAGACUAGGAAACAGGAAUAAUUUAGGAUUAUUCCUGACGUGCUUUGAUAGGUUUUACUAAUGUGACUCAGGUAAUGUGAAUAUGUAAUUGCAUUUCAUGGUGUCUUUAUGACGAGCGUUCACAUGUUUCCAACGGCAUGCUGUGUGAAAUUGCAGUUUCAUUAAUGUUUUCUACCAAAUGCCAUUUAAAGUCUUGCAGUGUCUCAUAAUUCAUGUAUGAACGACUGAAAACAUAUGUAAACAUACACAGUUAGGCCCAGAAAUAUUUGGACAGUGACACAUUCUUAAUGAUUUGGGCUCUACAUGCCACCACGCUGGAUUUGAUGUGAAACAAAUGAGAUGAAAUGGAAGAGAAGACUUUCAGGUCUAAUUCAAGUGGUUAAACAAAAAUAUCCUAUGAAACAUUAAGGACCAUUUUACAACCAUUUUACAACCAUUUUUAAACAAAAACAACAAAGUGUGGAACCCAUGGACAUCACCAGUGCUGGGUUUGAUUUGAGAUCUGGUGACUGACGCAGACAUUGCAGAAUAUUCAACUUAUUAGCCUUAAACAACUCCUGGGUUGCUUUUGCAGUAUAUUUUGGGUACUGCAAAAGCAAACCAGGAUCUCCUUAACUGCAUAUUGUGGGUUUACAGCAACAGCUUUCAAAUGCAAAUACCACACUUGGAAUCAACUCCAGACCUUUUACCUGCUUAAAUGAUGAAGGAUUGACAAGGGAAUAGCCCAUACAGCCCAUGUAUGGUCAACUGUACUUUUGGUCCCUUGAAAAAGAGGCAGCUACAUACUGUAUUCUUCUGAGCAGCUACAGAGUUCUAAACCCUUCCUCCAGUUUGGAUAUAAAUACCCUCAAAUUACAGCUUAGAGUCUACACUUUAAGCCCACAUUGUUUAUAUGACACGUUUUGGCAUGAAGCCAAAAUAACAAAAUUUGUGUCAGUUUCCAAAUAUAUGUGGAUCUAACUAUAAAAUGAACCGACACCACAGAAGAAAUGUAACUUACCGCAGAUGUGUCUUCCGCAUUUCAAGGGUUGGUUUUGCCAAUAGAUGGCCUGCAUGCAUGUAUUUCCCAACCUCCGAGUAAAAAUGCAGUUUUUAGUGGCAUCGCGCAAGGGUCCUCUCUUCGAAUAACCAGCUGCUCCUUUCAUCAGACAGCUCAAGACAAUGUCAGACAGGUGUUUUUACGAACCUCUGUAAAACUGUCGUACACGUUUUUGUUUCUUCACAACUUCACAACUCAAUAAAAUUGAAGGCAAUAGCAAUACCUCCAGAAUAUAGAUACAA